AUGGCCUUGACUUCUAGUCUUUACAUCCAUGCCACCAUCAUCACGGUUGACAAAGAGAGACGCAUUAUCCUUGAUGGCGCCCUACUGAUCAGAGGCAAUGAAAUCGCAGCAAUUGGUAAAACAGCCAACCUUUUGAACAACCCUCUCGUAUCGUCAGACACAGAACGCAUCGAUUGUUCUGGUCGAAUUAUUCUACCUGGACUGAUCAAUACACAUGCGCAUCUGGCGCAAUCUCUUCUUCGUGGUCUAGCAGAAGACCUUCCCUUGCACUCCUGGCUUUGCGAUGCAAUUUGGCCACUGGAAGCAAAUUUUGGCCCGAGAGAUGGUUACAUAGGAGCGAGAUUGACAAUCGCCGAGAUGCUGAAGAGCGGAACAACAUGUUUUCUGGAAGCCAUGUUGACUCACCGGUCUGGUUUUGAGAAUGUGGCGACCGCUGUGAAUGAAAUGGGCAUACGAGCUUGUCUUGGCAAACUGGUGAAGGUCGAGGAGACGAACAAGGCAACCGGUAUGAUUGAUCCAAGAGACCGAGAUAUCUCAAGCAUGUCUAUAGCAUCUGCAUUAGAAGCGCACAAUCUUCAUCAUGGCUCGUGCGAUGGCCGAUUGCAUGUGUGGAUGGCGGCAGGAACGCCCAGAGGUUCGCCAGCUGCUUUACACAAAGCUAUUGGAGAUGCCUGCGAGAGCUACGGUCUAGGUCUUACCAUGCAUUGUGCUGAGGCCCCAAAGGACCUUGACAUCUUCCAUGAUUGCUAUGACUCGAGUCCUGCAGAGUUCUGCAAGGAUAACAAUCUUAUUCGGAGCGGUGGGAGAACAGUUCUGGCACAUAUGGUCAAUCUCGACCUCGAGAAAGAUGUACCCUUACUAAGCGACUGUGGCGCUACUGUCGCUCACAAUCCCGUAAGCAAUUGCAAACUCGCCUCGGGCAUCGCACCUAUUCCGGAACUUAUGGAUGGAAGCGUCAACGUGUCCUUAGGAACCGACGGCGCUCCUUGCAACAACACCUACGACAUGUUUCAGGAGAUGCGACUGGCAGGACUGAUUCAAAAAGGGGUUAGAAGAGAUGCUGCUGUCAUGAGUGCCGACACAAUUCUGGAGAUGGCGACAAUGAAUGGUGCCAGAGCUCUAGGUUUAGAAGACAAGAUUGGCAGCUUGGAGGUUGGGAAACUUGCUGAUUUCGUGGUACUGCGGGUCGGAGGACUGCAUUCUGCUCCUUUCGAUCAUGAACAACUACUUCAUGGGGGUGUCGAUCCAGUCACUACUGUGGUAUAUUCAUGCACUGGUUCAGAUGUCGAGAGGGUAGUUGUCGAUGGCAGAGUUCUUGUUCGAGAGCAGAAUCUUCUCUGCGCCGACGAAGACGAGAUACUGGCACAAGCACGUCAAGCGGUGAAAAGUAUUCGUAACUCUGCUGGCGUUGUGUCGAGGCAGGCCAGAAACUAUGUCUGA